CAGCGAGGUCACACUGGGGAGAGACCAUUCACCUGCUUUGAGUGUGGGAAGGGAUUCACUUGUUCAUCCAACUUGAUGAGACACCAGCGAGUUCACACUGACAACAGACCUUUUAAAUGCCCGGACUGUGAGAAGUGCUAUAAAACUUCAGAUAAACUUAUGUCCCAUCAACAUAUUCACACUGAUGAGAGACCGUUCAGGUGCUCUCACUGUGGGAGUGGGUUCAGGCGAUCAUCUGAACUCACUGUACACCAACGAAUUCACACUGGGAAGAGACCAUUCCUCUGCUCUGAGUGUGGGAUGGGAUUCACUCAAUCAGCCAAUCUGCUGUCACACCAGCGAGUUCACACUGACGAGAGACCUUUUAAAUGCAUAGACUGCAGGAAAUGCUUUAAAAGGUCUGGGGAUCUGAUGUCCCAUCAACGUAUUCACACUGAUGAGAGACCGUUCAGAUGCUCGCACUGUGAGAUUGGGUUCAGGCAAUCGUCUCAGCUCACUGAACACCAGCGAAUUCACACUGGAGAGAGGCCGUUCACCUGCUCCGAGUGUGGGAAGGGAUUUACUCAGUCAUCCCACCUGCAGACACACCAACGAGUUCACAGUGUGGAGAGACCAUUCACCUGUUUCAUGUGUGGGAAGAGAUUCACUCAGUCAUCUACACUGAUGAGACACCAGCAAGUUCACAAAUAAUUACAGUGAUUGGAUUGCUGUUAAUCAUGUCUCGGACUGAACCAUGUUCAUUGGGGUCUGUUUUUGCUGAUAUUAAUAAACUCCAGCCCAGUUAUAAUGGUUAAAAUUUUGGAUAAAAGUCAAAUAAAUCAAUAAUAAUAUAAAAACAAAAAACUGUGGAUGCUGGAAAUCCAAAACAAAAACAGAAUUACCUGGAAAAACUCAGCAGGUCUGGCAGCAUUGGCGGAGAAGAAAAGAGUUGACGUUUUGAGUCCUCAUGACCCUUCAACAGAACUGUUUCAAAUAAAUCAACUUUGUUCUAAA